CUUGGAUCACUUCUUGUCUCUUUUCUCUUCAGCCAAGGCAUACUUUGUGACACUUCCAAAUGCAGAAGGAGCAGUCAGCACAAUGGAACCUCUCAGUCAAAGUGCUACGAGGAAAUUUCCUGUAUUCAUAUGACUUAUUUUCAGACCCUGACCUCUAUGUGACCCUAAGCCUCCCCACGGCCUCAGCUUGUACCACGAGAACCAGGACAAUCAAUAACUGCAAGACACCUGAGUGGAAUGAGACCUUCUUCUUCUGCCCCUUCAGCCAGGUGAAGAACAUUCUGGAGCUGAAUUUGUUUGACGAAGACGUCGUGAAGGAUGACGAAUGCAUCAGCAUCCUGUUCGACAUCAGCACCCUCAAACUGGGUCAGAAAGAGACAAAGGUCUUCAUCACAGAUGAUAAGCUGAAGGACGAGCUGUGGGUGGAAUUUGAUAUCACAGAGAGACCUGGAGUGCCUGGUCAAUACUGCUCUAAUGGAGUUCUACUGGCCGCCCCGAUGUCUAUUCUGGAGGUGAAGUUGGAAAAUCUGCCCACUGACGUUCCACCUGACAUGCUGUUAAUGUUACAAGGAGCGUAUAACAAAAGACAAGUGAUCUCAAUGUCCCAGAAAAGCAGCCUCAUGCAGACUCUUUGCUACUACAUCAACAAAAACCUGGACACCGAGAUUGGACUCUGGAAGGUGAAAGAUGAUAAAACCUUCAAGCCUGCAGUAGUUCCUGUAACCCCUUUUGCAGCCACAGGUGAAUUUACAGUUUCUCUUCCUGUGGCAGAGGACAAAGUAGACUUACAUUUGAACAUAGUGGACAGCCCUGAGGAGGACAUGAAGGUGCGUCUGGAUUUUGACAUACCCGCAGACGAGAAGGCGUUUCUGAUUAAGAGGAAACAGGUGGUGUCUCGUGCACUGCAGAAAAUACUCCAUUUUCAAACUCCUUUGGAUCCCACCCAGGUGCCGACAGUGGCUGUGGUGUGUUCAGGAGGUAGCUCCAGGGCCAUGACGGGCACGUACGGCUCUCUGAAAGGGCUACAGAGCCUCGGCCUGCUCGAUGUCAUCACCUACAUCACCUCUGUGUCUGGCUCCACCUGGGCCAUUGCUAAUCUAUACUCUGACCCGUUUUGGUCAAAAGAAGGCCUGGAUACCCCGAUAGCAUCUGCGCAGAAGAUGCUGUCUAAGAGCACAGCCAGUCUCUUCUCUCCUACACAGGAGCAUUAUUAUUGUUCCGAGCUGCAGAACCGAGAGAAAGAAGGUUACUCCGUCUCCUUCAUCGAUACCUGGGGGCUCAUCAUAGAACACCUCAUCUUUGGCAAGAAACACACAGGUACACUGUCUGACCAGAAGAAGGCAGUCUCUGAGGGCCAGAACCCGCUCCCAAUCUACACAGCAGUGAACAUGAAGAAGGUUCCCAGUGCCUCCACGGUCCCUGAGUGGUGUGAGUUUACACCAUAUGAGGUGGGAUUCUCCAAAUAUGGAGCCUUUGUCCCUGCAGAAGAUUUAGGUAGUGAGUUCUACCUAGGUCAUGUAGUUAAGAAGCUACCGGAAACACGCAUCUCCUUCCUCCUGGGCAUGUGGAGCAGUGUGUUCUCCAUGACCGUGACACAGAUCUGGAGUUCUUUUACUGGAGUGACACCAUCCUUCAAGGGUGAAAAGGCAGACAAGAUCGAGACAGAUGAUAAGUGCCAGACAAUGGAUACUUUACGAGUCCGUUCAGAGGGUUCCGCAGUGAGCAACUUCCUGACCCAUCGCCCCAUCAUCGGCCAUGUGUUUAACUUCCUUCGAGGAUUUUUCCUGCACAACUUGUACAGCGAAAGCCCAAAUUUCAACACCUCGAAGGAGACACACCCGGAUGCAUUUCCGAACAAGCUGACUCCGAUGGACUCCACUCUUGACUUGGUGGAUUCUGGAUUUGCCAUUAACACAGCCUGCCCUCCUGUGCUGCGACCCCACAGACACGCCGAUGUCAUUCUGUCCCUCGGCUACUCCUGGGAUGAGGACCACUUACAGGUCAUGAAGGACACUCAGGAAUACUGCACUGAGCACCAGAUACCAUUCCCAAAGAUAGAUCUCAGCAAGUAUGCAUCUCAGCCCAAAAAGGAAGUGUAUGUGUUUAAAGAUGAAAUGAAUCCUGAUGCUCCCAUAGUGCUCCACUUGCCGCUGGUCAACGUCUCGUUCAAAGAGUAUAAAGCACCUGGAGUAAAGAGAAUAGGAAACAAGGAGCUAAAAGAAGGAAAUAUUGAUGUGAGCACUAAAUCCUCUCCAUACAUUAGCAAACACCUCACGUAUUCUCCAAAAGACUUCCAAAGACUGGUGGACCUCACGUUCUACAACACUGUCAACAAUAAAGAAACCAUCAUAAAUGUACUUAAGAACGCGCUGAACAACAAAAAAAAAAAGCUUGCUAGCAUGACCUCAGCUGAUGGAACAAAUAAAUGCAAAGUAAAUUAA